UGUUUGAUUUAACAUUAAGCAUACUUUAAUAUCAUGAGUUUGAUAUGCCAUCAAUGAGAAAAUUUGACCUCAAAAAUCUGCGAUGGAACGAACUUAAUAAUAAGUCAUAUGUAAAUUUGCUUAAAACAAUGGUAAAUUGAGAAUUUUUUUCUUAUUGGUUAUAACUCAGGUCUACAAAUUAAAAAUAAAACUGAAAAAAUUCUGAUAAAAAUGGCUCCAAUUAAAAUAUUAGUGUGUGGAAGUGUUGAUGGUCACUUUUCUAAGUUUUUCAAACGCAUAGCAAGCAUAAACAAAAAAAAUGGUCCAUUUGAGAUGGUUUUAUGUGUUGGUAAUUUCUUCUCUGCAAAUCCGCAAUGUGUAGAAAAUUGGAAACAGUUCUUAUUAAGCAAAACAAAAGUUGAAAUUCCUGUAUAUAUCCUUGGGCCAACAUUAAAACAACAUGAAGUUUUUUAUUCCAAAGAAAAGUUAAAAGAUGGAGAGGAGCUUUUCGAAAAUAUAUUAUACCUUGGUAAAAAAGGGGUAUUUACAACAGCUUCUGGCUUGACAUUAGCUUAUCUGAGUGGUAUUGAACAAAGCAAUAAUUCUUUACAAGCUGAUGUUUCUUCUUUGAAUGAUCAACUUAUUCGAGAUGACAAAUUUAUUGGAGUUGAUAUUCUCAUAACAUCAUCAUGGCCUCAAGGUGUAAAUAAAUAUACAAAAUCAAGUUUAUCUUCAGGAAACGAAUCACCUUCAAUCUCAUUUCUUGCUUCAUCAUUAAAGCCUAGGUAUCACUUCAGUUCUCACAUUGAAAAAUUUUUUGAGAGGCAACCAUACAGAAAUCAUAAAGUUUUAAGAGGUAGUCUGCAACAUGUUUCAAGAUUUAUAGCUCUUGCCCCUUCAUUUAAUGAUACCAAUGAAAAGUCAAUAUACGCUUUUUCAAUUGAGCCAUUAAGUUGCAUAUCACGUGAUGAGCUUAUAAAGCAACCCCCUGAUACCACAGAAUUUCCUUAUGAUGAUAUCAAGUUGAGCACCAUAGAAAAUCAAAAAAAAGAACAGUUUUUUUUCAGAGAAGAUAACAAAAGAAAGGGAGAUCAAAAGAGUCAGGAACAACAUAAAGUACCAAAGGGGCCGCCAACAUUAACAAGUGAUUGUUGGUUUUGUUUGGGCAGCAAAGAUGUUGAAAAGCAUUUAGUUGUUAGUGUUGGAGAAUCAACUUACAUGGCAGUUGCCAAAGGCGCAAUUAAUGAUGACCAUCUCCUAAUAUUACCCAUAUCUCAUCAUAAUUCAACUGUUGUGCUUCCUGGCGAUGUUCGAUUGGAGUUAGAAAAAUACAAAGAAGGAUUGCGUAAAAUGUUUAAUGCUGAACAAAAGUCUCUGAUAUCCUUUGAGCGGAACUUUUACACACAACAUCUACAGUUGCAGGUUAUUGGUAUACCGUUAGAUCUUUGUAGUGAAGUGAAAGACACGUUUUUAGAUCUUGGUCAAUCAGUAGGCAUGGAUUUUAUUGAGAUUCCAAAAGAAAAAGAUCUUAGUGAGAUGGUUGCAGUCACAACACCAUAUUUCUUAGUCGAAUUGUCAACAGGUGAACGUUUGUUGCAUAAAGUUAAAGGAAGAAUGCCGCUUCAGUUUGGCAGGGAAGCUUUGACUAGUCCUUCAUUGUUAAAUCUUCCGGAUCGUGUUGAUUGGAAACAAUGUAAACUUUCUGUCGAAGAAGAAUCGAAGUGUGCAAACAAUUUAAGAAAAAGAUUCCAACCAUACGACUUUAAUUUUGAUUAGCUUUUUAUCAAUUUUUCAAUUCACUAUCUUUGUAUUUCGAUCGAUGUUAAUAUUAUUUGAUAGUUUAUUUGUAAAAAAA